CGCGUCCUUGAGAUCACGCUUAACAACACCGGAGGCACCGUGCCUAUACUGGGUACUGAUUAAAAAAAUCGUUCAAAGGAAAAUAUAAGACACAGAAAAAUUUCAUCGUCAGCAGUGUUAAGGGAUGGAGUUCCCUGUAGAUUUGUUGGUUUCUGGGAGACAUGAGGAUUUGGAAAGUUCAGCCCAGAUCUACAUGAAUAAACUGCUCUACAGCAACCCAGAUAACACGCAAUUCUUUACCCUGCCCAGCUCCAGAAAGAUCCGGAUCAGUCCUGCCAAUGUCGGCUUCGUUCCUCUGUAUGGAGUCAAUCUCAGACAUAAAGUCCUGGCUCUCUUUGCUCCUGAGGACCAGUUCACGGCUGUGGCAUUGUUUUUGGCUGAUGAGUGGCAUGCAGUGCAAGAUAUUCUCAAAACUUCCGAUCCUGCAAGAGAAGGCCUUGUGAAGGUAAGGUCUGUGGGCGAGAGGAUAGUCUUAUAUGUUCUGAACCGCAUAAUUUACCGGACAGUGGAGAUGAGUUCUAGGGAAGUGCCAUUCCUGUGCCAUGGAGAAGACGACUACGCCAAAAUCCUCUGGAAGAAUGGAGAGGCAGUGGGCUUCUACUCAGUCAAACCUAAAGGUAGUUUGUGUAAUAGCUUUGUUAGCCAGUGCUACCUGCUUCCUGUCAUGGACUCUAUAUUUGUGCGGAUGGAUCACCGUGGUAAUGGUCAUGGCUUGCAGAUGUUGGAGGACUUUGUGGACUGUUUUAAAGAUGAUGAACUAGGCUUGAAAUACCCUCUAACACAGGCCAUGCAAAAGGUAUGCAGCCAGUACCUGAGCACAUAUCCAGCCGAUGCUGACCUGCUUUGGGAGGUGGAGGGAGUCGGAGGUCCCUACCAGAAAGUGAAAGUGGCAAGCAAACUUUGCUCCCUGGCACUGCGAUGCAACCACAGCUCAUGGGCAGAAGAGCACAGCAAAAAUGGAGAGGUUGCGAAUAACGAGGUGCAAAUGACUGAAGAGAGCCUGGAUAUUAAGGAAGAAGUGGUGGUAUUCAAAAAACAUCUCAAAGUAGCAGAAGUAGAAAUGAAUGAUAUGCCCAUAUCCAAACGCACAUGGAGCAGCGAGCGCUUGCAAAAGAAAAGGCCAAGAGAAGAACCGGAGGAGAGAGCAGAGGAGGAGGACCGACCUGAAAAGAUCAACAGAUUAGAGGAACCGGAAACAGAAACUGAUGCUGUUGUACCCGAGACUAAAGAACCAGAGGAUGUAGAGAGUGCAGAAGAACAAGAAGACGAAGCAACCUCAGUCCAGGUGUUGGAGGCUGUGGCCACUGAGGCAGAGCAUGAAUAUCCGGUGGCAGAGUUGAUUGGAGAAAUGAAUGAUGGUCAAGAAGAAAAAAACGAGGGACCAGCUGACACUGUAGAGGAUACACUGGAUCAGGAGCAUCCCCUAGAGGAAGAAGCUGUUGUGCAAAAUGGCACUGCCGAGGAAGAGGGCAUGGAAGUAGAGGGAGAGAAAGAAGCAGAGGAGACUCCGGUUAGGAAGGAUGACAUUACUGAUCCCUUAGAAGAAUCUGAAAAAUCUGAGCAGAUUGACCAAGAGCCUAUUACUGAGGAGAAACAGAAGGCAGAGGUGGAAAUUACCCCUGCAGAUGAGGAAAUGGAAGAGGAAGAAGCUCCUGCCAUUGAGAAAGAAGAGGAAGAAGCUCCUGCCAUUGAGAAGGAACAGGCAGAGGAAGAAGCUCCUGCCAUUGAGAAGGAACAGGAAGAGGAAGUAGCUCCUGCCAUUGAAGAGGAGAUGGAAGAGGAAGUAGCUCCUGCCAUUGAGGAGGAACAGGCAGAGGAAGUUGUUCUUGCCAUUGAAGAGGAACAGGCAGAGGAAGUAACUUCUGAAGUUGAGGAGGAAAACAAUAUGGACAUACCUUCUGCAGUUGAUGAGAAACAGGAAAUAACUCAUGCAGCCGAGAACACCAAAGACAGUGAUGCGCCCACAGCUGUUGAGGCCUCUCCUGUGGACCUUCCAGCUGACCUGGCAGAUGGGGUCAGUGACGCAGCAGGGGAACUGGCGCACCCGGAACCCGAUGUUCCAGAAGACAAGGCUUCUGAUUUUCCUGCUGUGGCAGGGGAGCAAGAGGCCGUCAUGGAUUCAGAGGAACCACCUGUGAACCAAGCUAUUGAAACCGCUUCCGAUGUGCCACUUAAGGCAGAGGUGAGCCAACCUGCCAUGGAAGACAAAAAAAAAGAGGAAAUGGAAGCAGGGGGUCAAAAUAACGUGGUACCCGAGGAGGAGCCAGAGGAAGACAAACAGGCUGACACUGAUGAAAAACAUAAACAGAAAGAAGAGGAGAACACUUUUGCUACAGAAGAUGAGGGGAAAAGUUCAGAUGAGGCUAAUGAUUCCGCCACUGAUGUUCGAGUCCUUCGAGGAGGCAGAAGCAAACCCGUCCCUCCAACCCCCAAACGCACAUCCAGCAGACGGAGCAAAGCAGUGAUCUUAGAGGAAGUAGAAGGGGAGAUGGUGGAAGAAGUGGAGGAGAAGCUCACAAGCACAGAAGAGGAGAAGGGUAGCACAGAGGAAGAGAAAGCUGAAGAGCACAGCACGGGAGAGGAGGAUGAGCCACCUGUGAUUGAUAGGAGGGUGUUGAGGAGUAAAACCAAAGUGAUUAAGUCCACACCCGGUGCGAGAGCCAAGAGACGCAGCAAAAUCUGAGUACACACAUUCACACGCUGAUUCUGUGUCACUCAAAAACACUCCAUUGUCCGUCUACACUCAAUACCCAGUUUAAUUUCAUUUGCACAGUAUGUACAGUUAGUAAGCAUCUCUCAAUACACCUUUAUAUCAGAGAUCUCUACUAAAAAAGGCAUAGAAGUUCUUUUAUACUUGGGUUUGGGUUUAUAACAGGCGGUGUGAAUCUAGGUUGUGCUUUUAAUUUAGGUUUUGUGAGUGACCUUUUUUUGCUAAAAGAAACAACUUACUGCAUAUUAAAAAAGUGCAGUAUUUCAUAUUUUAGGAAUAAUUUGGGUUAAAUUCAAGUUAAGCUCUUUUCACAGCAUCUGUCACCACAGAAUACAAUUUUAUAUUGGAAAUUGGUUUGUGAAACACCAAAAAUUGGAGUACAGAGAUGCAUUUACAAUGGAAGGCUAUGGGGAAGUCUGCUUGCCCCAUAGACUUCCAUUGUAAGUGCACAACUAUAAAUCUGAACUUUUUUCUGUACCAAUCGACAGCAUGCCACAGAUUCUGCUAAUAAAACGUAACUUGUAUUUAACCUGGAAUGUUUCUUUAAUGUGCUAUAAGCACAGCCCUUUACUUACAUUAAAGGGAUAGUUCACCCAAAAAUGAAAAUUCUCUCAUUUACUCACCCUCAUGCUAUCUCAGAUGUGUAUGACUUUCUUUCAUCUGCAGAACAAAAACGAUAUUCUUUAGAAGAAUAUCUCCGGUCCAUGCAAUGCAAUACAAUACAGUGAAUGGGACUCCAGUGGUUAAAUCCAUGUCUUCAGAAGCGAUAUGAUAGGUGUGGGUGAGAAACAGAUAAGUCAUUUAAGUCCUUUUUUUACUAGCAACCAUCUCCACAUUCACGUUCACAUUCUUCUUUUGUUUUUGAUUCGCAUUCUUCAUGCACAUCGCCACCUACUGGGCAGGGAGGAGAGUUUAUAGUAGAAGAAAUGUCUGAAAUAUUGAUCUGUUUCUCACUCACACUUAUCAUAUUUCUUCUGAAGACAUGGAUUAAACUACUGUAGUUGUAUGGAUUACCUUUAUGUUGCUUUUUUGUGCUUUUUGAAGCUCCAACAUUUUAGUCACAAUUAACUUGCAUUGUAUGGACCUACAGAUCUGAGAUAUUCUUCCAAAAAUCUUAAUUUGUGUUCAGCAGAAGAAUGAAAGUCAUACACAUGAGGGUGUAUAAAUGAUGAGAGAAUUUAAAUUAUUGGGUGAACUACUCCUUUAAGGGUUUACAAAUGUUUCAAAAUUAUAGCUGUGAUUUUAACUGUUUUUACAUUAUUUUGUCUUACCUUUGCAGCUUAUCCUGACCAAUCCUGAGCUGCUGAUAAAAAAAGCUUGCAAAUUUGCAAGACUUCAGUUAUAAUGUGAAGCACUUAGAAGGAUAGUUCACCCAAAAGGGAAACUCUAGCAUCAUUUAUUCACCCUCAUGCUUUCCAAAAGGAGAUGCCAGGCAGAAUGACAGCCUUGAUGACACCAUUCACUUUUAUUACAUGUUUAUUUUAUUUAAUGAAAUUAACUGGUGGCUGUCAUUCUGCUUUUUGUAGCUCUUUUUUUUUAUUCUACACAAGAGAAAAAAUAAAAUGGGAACAACAUGAGGGUGAGUAAAUGACAGAAUAUUUGACAGAAUUUUGCCAUGGAUUGAGUUUCAGUAUUUUUGGUUUUGUGAUUUCAGAUGUUUUUAAUGCAUUAGGAAUACUUUUAAGUAUCGACUGACACAUUUAAGGUUUCAAAGAAAGCCUUCCACAAAUGUACAUACUUUUAGCUUUCAACUAAACUGCAUAAUGCAUCAGAGGACUCAUUUUUGUGUUAUAAAGAUUGUCCUGAGAAGUGUUUUUCCUAUGUUGGAAACUCUUUUCUCAAAUGCUGUGAAUUACACACACAUACUGUACACACACACACACACAACCACAUGGACACAUGUCUAUACUUAAAAAUCUACACAACUAGAUAUAUUCACUCAUAAAUAUGCAAAUAUCUGUAGCCCUGAGGAAAUUCCAAGUUUAUAUUAUGUUUACCGGUACAUAUACUUUAAAUGUUAACAAUGUGGUUUAAAUAUUCAGUAUAUGACAAGGAGUUGCUGUCUAAUAUAAUAAUUAAAGACAUACUUUUGCCUUGAAAUGUUAUCAUAUAAUGGUAUUUUAAAUAAAACUAGAUUAAACGGUUAGCCAAAAGUUAAUUGAUGAAAUGGAAGCUUUUUGUUUGGUAACAAGAGCUUUAAAGGGACAGUUCACCAAAAAUAAAAAUGUUGUCAUUUACUCAACCUCAUGUUGUUCCAAAGCCGAAUGACUUCUUGGAACACAAAAGGAGGUGUUCAACAUUAUUUAGAAUUUGUCCUCGUUUUCCUCCGAAGGAUGAAUCAUAGGGGUUUGGAACGAUAUGACUAAAUAAGUACGAGGAAAUAACAACAGAAUUUUCAUUUUUAGGUGGACUGUCCCUUUUAAUAGCAAUUUGUCCACUCAUGAGAAGUGGUUAUUUUUUUCUUAUUAUAAUGACUGGUGUUUUUGCAGUGUAUACAAAUUGUGCUGUAUGACACCAUUAGCAUUGUACAUUUAAACUCACCUAAAUAUCGCUACUUUUUUAUUUUCUCUGUUUAUCGUGUGUAUUUCUAAAAGUCUAAAGCCAUAUAUGUUUCAUUCAUAUUUUUAUUUUCAAGCUGUGAAAGAGACACCCUGUCAUUGAGUUUUUCCUGCUCAAAUAACAAGUGUUUAGUCUUCAUCUUUGGUUGCACAUUUUUGUUUGACCACAAGAGUGCACUCUAGGAUGUAAAAAAAAAAAAAGAAAGAAAGAAAGAAAGAAAAGAGCCAUUGCAAGGAGUGAAGUGAUUUCACACUCUUUCAGGACAGUCUGUUUUCUGUCUCCACUGAUAUCUCACUGUGAACACUUGAGAUCUGUUGCUCACAUUUUUAUAACGGGUGAAAGCAGAAGAAUGCCAGAUAUUACAUUUUUGGGUGUGACUGAAUUCUCAGAUUUUCUCUCAGCUUAAAAGGGCGAAUGUGAUUUUUCAUUUUGAGAAAGGCAAAUCAAAAGUGGAAUAUUUUGGGCAUAAGUUGAAAACCUCUUUUUACUUGUUUUAAAUGUUUGAGUAAUAUUUUUCUGAAAUACCUUCCUGAAUCUGUAAAUGUCCUAUAGUUA